AUGGAUGCCAACAAGAACAUGAAGUACGAAGUCAAUGACUUUGCGUCCUCCACGGGCUCUGCCACCCAGACACCUGGAUCACCGACUCAUAACCGAUCUUUCACGCCCAUACCUCUCCGAUCAAAGACGCAUACCUCGAUGGAGCUCGACGACUUUUUCAAAGGCCCUCGGGACAUGUACCACCAUUCCAAAGUGCCUUAUUUCCUUCGAUUACACGGCAGUGUUGCUCCCAAAUUGAUAGUCCCGCUUUUGUUCGUCGCGGCUUAUUCCUCCGCCAUCACUUGUAUCGAUCGCUUGGUCCACCCAAUUGGUAUCAAUCCAGUUCUGCUCACCGUCACCGGUUUCGUGGUCGGUUUGGCUCUGUCUUUCCGUUCCACCACGGCGUAUGAAAGAUAUAGCGAGGGUCGGAAGUAUUGGUCCCAGCUACAAAUGACCAGUCGUAACUUGGCCCGUAUCAUCUGGAUCCACUUCCCGGAGAGACAUGCGGAAAGUCGUGAACUAGGAAAAGCCGACGUGCUUGCCAAACUAACCGCCAUGAAUCUCAUCAACGCCUUCGCUGUCUCCCUGAAACAUCGACUUCGCUUCGAACCCGCCGCCGACUACCCUGAUCUUGCACCGCUUAUUGGAAGUCUCCGCAUUCUAUCCCAAGAGGCUGACGCCGAUGCUUUGAAGCCCAAAGACCCAUCUCCAUGGAAAGCAGCAUCAGAAUAUCUCGAUAUCCCAUUUGGACUGUCGAAUCCUCGCAAGGUCAUCAAGCAAAGCAAAGAUAACUUGGGAAACAUUCCACUCGAGGUUCUCAACUAUCUCUCUGCCUACAUCGAGGAAUGCAUUUCAAAUGGAACACUGAAGGUUGCAGCCCAGCAGACACAAGUCAUGAACGCUCUGGCAGUCUACGGUGAUAUUCUGAGUGGCACAGAACGAAUUCUGAAUACUCCCGUCCCACUGGCUUAUUCCAUUUCCAUCAGUCAGAUCACUUGGGCUUAUAUCUUGGUUCUUCCUUUCCAGCUGCUCAUUGCCCUCAAAUGGGUGACAAUCUUCGGUACUAUGCUGGGUGCUUACAUUGUCUUGGGUUUGGCUGCCAUUGGAUACGAAAUCGAGAAUCCAUUCGGUACCGACGUCAAUGAUCUUCCACUGGACAGUUACUGCCGAGAGCUCGCCGGUGAUAUCGACGUGUUGACCUCCAUCCCUCCCCCAAGCACCACCAAAUUCAUCGCUUCGGAAGCCAACAAAGUUUUGUACCCUCUCAGUGAGAGUGGCUAUCGCAGCUGGGAUCAAAAAUCCGUCGAUGACAUCCGACGUGCACUGAGGUCAAAGGCAUCCACUCAUGCUGAGAGCGUCGAGCUUGAGAGAGCGGCAGCUCAGAUCGAAAGCACCGAGGCCGCACGUGAGGCUGCUCACAAGCAACAACACGAGCAACAAUCAAAACAAGACCGCCCCAUGGAUGCCGCUGAUGCAGUCUGA